GCGAAUUAACGGUCUGGAUUCCAAUCGAACAGAUGGUAUUGAUUCUCAUUCGCCCGUCACCAGAAUCAAUUGCGACACCCAAUGUCACCGGCACGCUUCACUUGCUUUCAGGGAAAGAACUGAUUCGCCGACAGAAUUCUCCGGCCUUCAAUGGAGAAGAGGCUUCGCUCAACCCUCCGUACUUCAGCAGUAGACUUUCUAUUGUCAGCUUCCAAGCAAGGGUUCAAAAGCGAAUCGAAACCCCAUCUCAGAACCCUAAUUCACAGUCUCAAAGCUUCUCCUGAGAUCGUCGGUUCUCUCCCUACGGCCCUCUGCAACUCCAUUUCUCAAGCAAUUGAGAAGUUAAAGAACCUCAACGACCCGAACUACGACGGCGCAGACCUUGCUUCGGGAGAAAAUUCCCCCAAGACGCCUCCUGCAAAGAGGGUUCGGAGGUCUGGUCGAAACCGGAAAAAAGAAGACGUCGAUUCAAGUGCAAAAGAAAGCAAGGGCAGAACUGAGGAUGUCAGGCAGUCUGUGUUGGAAACUUUGCAGUUUUAUGCUUACAUUUUGCUCCAAUGCAUAUCACAUCCCAGAGGUAUAUUCAAUGCCUCUGACUUGCUACCGGCUGCUCGCGAGUUGCAUGAUAAUUUGGUGCUAUUUGAAAUGGAUACUGGGCUGUCAUGUGAAACUGCUAGCGUUUGUGAGGUGUGGUGGAAAAGGGAUUUAACAGGUAAGGAAUCACUUAUAACUCAGUCACUGCCGUUUAUGUUGUCCAGGGCUUUGACAUUUAAGAAAAAAGUCGAUGUGCAAAGAGUGUAUGCUAUGCGUGAAGCGUUGUUGUUGUUUGAUUUUGAAGAUGAAAGCAUUGCAGAUUUGAAGCUACUGAUGAUGAGAUGUUUGAUUUCACCUCUUUUCUUAAAAACGGAAAAUGGCAGGAAGUUUAUAGCAUUUAUGUUUGGGUUAAGCAGGCAACUAGUGAAAGAAGCAUUGGCAAUGAUUAGGUCACAGGUUCCUUUUGGGCGUAAAUCAGCUUUGGAGGCUUUUGGGGAAAUAUCUUUCAGGGCAUGGAAGGCGGCAGAAGGGGAAGCAAGGAUUGAUAUAGAGGAUGGGUUCUUGCAAAUGAUGAUUGAUAGUGCUAUACAUGCAAGCUCACCUGCAUUUUCUGCAUCGAUUAGGAGGAUUUUGUGGGGUUUCAUUUCUCAGAGAACUACUGAUGGGGUUGAAAGGGUCCUUUUUCGUCUUGCCGAGCCAGUCAUUUUCCGCUCCCUGCAGGUUGCAAACUCAAAUGUUCGUCAAAAUGCACUGCACCUACUUCUGGACUUGUUUCCUCUUGAAGACCCUGAUGCUAAAAAAGAGGCAAAAGACGCACUUCUUGAGAAACAGAUCUUUCUUAUGGAUAAGUUAGUCAUGGAUGAUUGUCCAGAUGUGCGAGUUGUAGCGGUUGAAGGGUUCUGUCGGAUUCUUCAUAUGUUUUGGGAAGUUAUUCCUUCACUUACAAUAAGUAAAAUACUCACAAAGAUUUUUGACCAAAUGGUGUAUGAUGCAUGCACUGAAGUCAGACUUUCUGCAGUUAAUGGUAUUGUGUAUCUACUGGGAAACCCACAUUCUCAUGAGGUUCUCAAAGUUCUUUUACCAAGACUGGGUCAUUUGAUUUCGGAUAGUGCACUCUGCAUUCGUUCUGCCAUUGUGGACCUCCUCCUCAGCCUGAGUGAUAUAAGAAACUUCUACUUCCACAAGGUAGUCAGUAUUGAUGCAUUGCUUUCUCAAUUGGCAGGUGAUCAACCAGUUGUUGCACAGAAAAUCACUAAACUUCUUCUCCCUUCAUAUUUCCCCUCAGAGGUUAAACCGGAAGAAGCUUGUAAGCGUUGUGUCACCCUUAUAAAGAGGUCUCCUUCAGCUGGAUCAAGGUUUUGCGAAUUUGCUGUAUCAGCUGGAGCCACCCUCCCGUCCUUAAUAAAAUUACUGAAAGUUUUGAUUCAUUUGGUUAUUUCAGAGGAUGAAAACCUGGAAAAAGAUCAGAUUAAUAGUAUGAUUAUUGCCACUUCGCAUCUUUAUAGCCAUCUUGUUAAGGAAACACCUUUCAAGGCUAGUCUUAAGAAACUGCUAUCAGGAAGAACACUACAAACCCUGUUUGGUGCAGCAACUACAACCCAAGCUAAAUCUUCUAUUUGUAGUAUUGUUUCAACAAUUUCUGCAGAUGACGUUGAUGAUCUUUUUGAGGAAUUCUUGCCCUUGGUAACCAAUUGCAGUGGACUUACUGGUAGUGUGGAAAGGCAAGCUGAGGUGAGAUCAGUACACAUGAUGAUGUUGUCUUGUGGUUGGUUUGAUGAUAUGUUUGAAUCUCUAUCAGAAAUUCUUCAAGAAAUUGUUCACUCUAUGAAUGACUCAGCUGUACAAGAGGCUUCAUCCACUAAACGGAAGAAGAAAAAAUCCUCCACCAAAAGAACUUCAAAAUGCAUGUACCCUAACCUGAAAAAGGCAUUGAGCAAGGCCAAAUUCAACUCUGCUGACACAUAUGAGAUUGCUGAGGGAAUAGCCUUUCAAGUAAAUGAUCUACUGCUGUUUGAAAGUACAAGAAAAGCCGUGCUAGGGUCUGGAACAUUAGAAACUGUGUUUCUUGCUUUGAAGACUAUCUCAGAGUUUAGUAUUUUGCAGCCUGGGGAGUGUGGUGACAUGAAUGUAUAUCCACUUUUAGCUUACACAGCUCUUAGCUUGCAAAUGUCUGCAAUAAAUGUCAGUGACGGUGAAGCUAAGCUAUCUUCAAAAAGGAAAGCCACAGAAUCAUCCUCAACCGCAAAGAGAACUGCUUCGGAUCUGACAAUGGAUCAUCUUCUGGACUGCACAAACAAGUUAUUUAAAUCAAAGGGACAUAACAAGUGUUUCCCAGCUAAAGUGAAGAUCCUAACAGCAGUACUGAAGUUCAUUGUUGAUGCUAUUUCAAUGGAACUUGCUCACCUAGAUCCACAUACCUGUAUGAAGUUUGCCCUGGAGUAUGUACAAUUCAUCUCCUCCUGCUUCAGAAAGUACUCCGUUAACCAGCUUCAAUUAAAAGAAGAAGGCAUAAAAGACACACUACUGUGUGUGAGUAGUUCCUUCACAUAUGGAGCCAAGUUAAUAAAUCUUGUGCUAAAGAAUCUCUUUGAUACUUCAACACCACAAUUAGUAGCUUAUCAUCUCGCUAAUGAAUUGCUUAGUCUCACAGUUUGCAUUGAACACAACAUAGGCCAUAGCCACGCAACUCGUUUAUUGUCUGCUGCUAACCCUUGGA